CAGGUGAUCCCGCAGAGAAGCGCGUCUACCCCGCGACCAGCCGAACACAACAGUCGACAAGAGGACGAGGAAGUUUUGUGUGCAGAAGCAAUGCUGACUGACCUGCACGCAGAUAUGGUACCGAAGCGCGACCCGGUGAAGUUAGAGGGAAGAGAGCACACACAGGCAGCGUGUGAGUGCCAAAGCCAAUGUAACAACUGCAAAAUCUUCCUGAGUUUAUUCAUCCUCUCGCUAUCUCUGCACCUCAUCACGCUCUUCUGCUACCUGGACCUGCGCUCGGAGCUCAAACGCGAGAUUUCGCAGAAGAACAAAGAUGAUAUGUCAUCAACAUUGCCCCACUUUGAAGCCACAGCGCCAGAGCCCCGGUUACCGGACACCGACAACCCAACAAUAGGCGAACUGAGCAGAUGGAGGGAUGAACAUACAAGAGAGCUGGAAACAGUCAUUCAUCGUACCAAACGUUCAGAGAGUAAUGGAAAAAAGAAAGGAGAACGUAAAAAAGGCAAGAAAGGGCCCCCUGGUUCUCCUGGACCUCCAGGCCCACCUGGUCCACAAGGCCCCCCCGGAAUACCAGGGAUACCGGGGAUCCCAGGCAGUAACGCAAUGGGUCCCUCUGGCCCUCCUGGACCAGCAGGGCCUCCUGGACCACAAGGGCCUCCUGGACCACAGGGGCCUGCAGGUGGUGCAGAUAAAGGCAAAUACAGAGAGACACAGCCAGCUGUGGUGCAUCUUCAGGGUCAGGAGACCACUAUCCAAGUGAAAGAAGAUUUGUCAGAAGGUGUGUUGAAGAAUUGGAGAAUGAUCUCAAUUCAUCAGAGAGUGUUUAAAAUGCACUCACGCUCUGGAGAGCUGGAAGUCUUGCAGGAUGGAACAUACUUUAUUUAUAGUCAGGUAGAAGUUUAUUACCUGAAUUUCACAGACAUAGCAAGUUAUGAGGUGAUGGUGGAUAAGACUCCAUUCUUACGCUGCACGCGUAGUAUUGAGACUGGUCAGCGCAAGUUCAACACCUGCUACACAGCGGGGGUGUGUUUGUUGCGAGCGCGCCAGAGGAUCUCCAUCCGUAUGGUAUACGAGGACACCUCAAUCUCCAUGAGCAACCACACCACCUUCCUUGGUAGCAUCCGCCUAGGGGAUGCCCCGCCUGCAGGACACACCUGAGCCAAUCAGCUUGCUAGAUCAAAACCACUGAACUCGUCUGAGCCAGUAUGUCUCGUUAGCCCCACCCCAUGGACGUACAAAGACUAGAGCCAAAUAAGACAAUUUAUUAACUAAUGGGCUCAUCUACAUUUCUGCCAAACCAGUGCUCUCUUGAGCCCAUCAGCCUGCAGUGUGAAUCAGGCUUGAAGAGGAAAUAUGUCUGUGUUUCUUCACCAACACUGAACAGCAUUCACCACUAAUAAGAACUCACUAGUUAAACACUCUCUUGGAACUGAAACCCUCUACCCAUCCUCAAACAUGACCAACACCACAGACAAGGAAUUACACUGUUUAUUUACAAAUUAAAUCACCAGUUCUAGCAAGUUUCACAGAUCAGGUGUCUGUGAACAGAGGAAUUGGAUCGUUCCUCAGUGCUGCUGUGGAGUGUGCAUGUAAUAUGCCUAUCAGCAACAAAUGCCUACAUUAAAUACAGUGACUUGAUCCACUGAGAGCUGAUCAAUGAAGAGGGAGUGUUUUAUGUGAGACACUCUUGUGCUUGACGUACCAGUGCUCACCUGUAGCUCAACUGCAAACAGACAUAGUCUCUAUAGUAUACACACACACACACACACACUUACAAAAAUAGUGAAUCUGUUUACUAUUCUGUUAAAUAAGCACUGAUAAUGGCAAUGUAUAUUAAGCAGAAUAUCUAUUUUCAUAUAAUUCUGAACAUGAUUGCAAUGUAAUAAAUUGGAUCUAUUCUCUUUAGCUGGUUCUUUAAUCAAUGCAUUUUGGGAGGAGAAAAAGUGUUUACUUGUAUAUGAUGGCAGUAGUUCAGUCACUGAAAUGGAUGAUUCUUCAUAAUGGUUUAAUGUCCCUUUGAAGGAAUAUUACGGGUUCAAUUCAAGUUAAACUCAAUCAACAGCAUUAGUGGCAUAAUGUUGAUUACAAAAGAAAAGAAAAUAAGAAAAAAUUUAGCUUACAGUGAGGCACUUACAAUGGAAGUAAAUGGGGCCCAUUUUUGGAGGAUUUAAAGGCAGUUUAAAAUGUAAAGGUUUACGUUUUAAAGUUGUUUAAAUAAUUUUUACUGUCGUUUUUGGGUUUACGCCAUCAUGGAACAAAGUUGUAAAAUUGGCUAUAACUUUACACACAAAAGGUUACUAAUCGAUUUUAUCACACUAAAAUCAUGUUAACAUGCAUAUUGUUUACGUCGUGGCUAUAUUUUGAACAUUUACGAAUUUAAUGAUUUAAUCCAUUCCAUUGUAAGUGUCUCAGUGUAAUCCAGAUAAUGCUCUUUUUCUUUUUUAAAGGUGGUACAAGUCUAAAUAAAAAAUGUGUUAAUCGCCAUUAUGCCACAAAUGCUGUCGAUUGAGUUGAGAUUUUCCUGAACCCGGAAAAUUCCUUUUUAGAAUGAUUAAUCUCACCGAAUGCAAAAUACCAUGUGUCUCCAGUAGGAGUCAGUAGUGCAGCAAAUCGAGCGCAUAGAAAUUUGGAUGCCUGUGUUCGAAAAAGCAUACUAGAAAGUAGCAUCCCUAAUAUUGCUGCGGUAUAUAGUAUACCGGUACUGUGGUGUGUGUAAACCUUUUCUCUAUGCAUUAGGGUUAGGAUAGUGUUCAGAUGACUGGCCAGACUACAUUUGCCAACAGAGCAUAUUGUGUGGAAUACUGUACAACGCAAGACAUUUAACUUGACUAUUUCCAAGUGUUGGAUCAGACAGAAUUAAUAGCAGUCCUAAUUUUAACAUAUUUCUUGACUCAUUUGAUAUAUCUGAAAAUGCUUAGACCUUUUUAUGCACACAUUGUUGUAAAAUGCAAAAUAAAACCGUUUUAGCUUGGAUAACUGGAUGCCGCUCACAGAAUUAAACAUGCUACGUGAUGAGGUCAUGUGACAACGUAGCUUACUAUGCAUAGAGCCUUCUAUUUCACAUACUGAUAUAUAUAUAUAUAUAUAUAUAUAUUUGUAUACAGUAUAUACUGUUCAGUAUUCAGUUGAGUAGUAAGAUAGAAUUCCAUUCGGAACAUCAUUUUGAGUCUUGAGAAUCUGAUUAAUACUUCAGUUCAUUCAUCACACUGGUAUUUUUAGUUCAGAGUGCUCUGUUAUUUACUGCAUUUCAUACAUACAAUUUGCAUACAAAAAGAAUAGUGUAACAUGGUCUUUGUCUCUCCAUCUGACACCCACAGAUAAAUCAUGAAUUGAUCCUGCAGGUAGUUGCCAGUACCUGACUGGCAGUUUAGGAUUGUGAGUCUGAAUCAGUUAUAAAGAAAGACAAUUAUGUUAGUGUACUUUUGUCAAUAAUAGAUGAGACCUCAGAUCCUCACAGUGAGAACAAACUACAUUACUGUGCAUGUUCAAAGGUCUUGGAAUAAAUAAAUAAAAAAAAACAAUGGGAAUUAUCUAGAACUUUCUGAAGAGUGCUGGUAAUCUGCCCUCAGGUUUUCUCUGCAUGUUCCCUCAAGUCUCCACAUGGAAAUGUAAAAAUGAGGGGGAAAGGAAAAGGAAAGGGGUAUAAAUUACUGAUUAUGUUCUCCCAGAUUUGUUGGUUAUAUCUCUCAAUGUCUUCUCUUAAACAUCAACAACUUGUUUUAGUUUUGUUUUUGGUACACGAGUUGUAUGCUAUAUGUAGUUCUGUUUUACCAAAGAUAAUGUAUAUUUGUAAACUAUA